AAAAUUUUUUAUUUUAAAUUUAGAAAAAUGGAAAAACACAAUUUUCUUGUCCGAAUGCAUAAUCUUCCCCGUAAUUCAAGUCUUUGUCAAAUUUUACAUUUUAUUUGGGAAACUGUUGAUUUUGAACCAGAUGAAGCUUUGGUUAGAGCAUAUAGUGCAAAUGAUGCAAUUGUUGGUUUUGUAAAUAAAAAAUUUGCUGAUGAAACUGUUCGUUAUUGCAAUGGCCGUGGUUGGUAUGGACGAAUUAUCAGCGUUUCUCCUUCUAACGACGAAGAAUUACAACAAAUAAUUGAAGAAAGCAAAAUUGCCGGUCCAGAUAAAGGACCUGAAAGAUUGGGAAAACGUAAAAAUAUUGAAGAUGAAAUAUAUAAUGAUGAAAAUAGAAAUGAUUUUGAUGAAGAUAAUUCCGAUUUUGUAUUUGGAGGAUUGGAUAAUUACAGUGAUAGUGACUCUGAUGAUUUAAACCUAAUGGUGCCUGACUAUUUUUUACAUGGAGCAGCUCCAGACACACUCAAUUUCAAUAAUUCACAAAAUCCUGAACGCCUUACAAAGAUUAAAAAUGCUGGUCAAAAAUCUUUAACAGCAAAGCAAAAUUCGUUUGACAUUUCAAGAGAUAGUCAAAGGACGGUCAAUAAUUCUGAUAAAAGUUUAGAUGAGGAUAUCAUAUUUGAAAAGAAUACUUCAGCAACUGCGGGGCCACCAACCAAGCACCGUAAAAGAGCAAGACGACGACCUGGAAAGGAACAGAGAAGAAAGUCAAGAGAAGAGAAUGAGGAAUCUUCGUCUCAACAGCCUUCUGCUCUUUCUCACCAAAAAUUGACAGGAAAAAGAUUAAGACUUGAAUCUUCGUCUCAACAGCCUUCUCCUUUGAAUUCUGCUAAUUCAUCUUUUCAAAAAGUGCCAAAUUCUAUUCAAUCAGCUUCUUUUGACCAAGCAUUAAAUCGUUUUCCUAUCCCAUCUAUACAUACAAUACCUGUUCGUCAAUCUCCUCCAAUUCCUUUCAAUCGUGGCGCAAAAUGGGGUCCUCCACCAAUUUCAUUUCCUCAACUUUCUUCUUCUUCAGCUUCAACUUCAAUUUCUUCAUUUUCUGUUAGAGAUACAACGCCUUUUGAAAUUCAAAUAAUUAUUAGUUCUCAACAUUGUUUACUUAAAUGGAGUAUUCCUGAUGAUAUAUACAUAAACAGUCAGUCAGUUGAAAUAACUGGAGGUACUGAUGAAAAAAUUAUUCAAAGAUUAGCACGGGAAAAACAAUAUUUACAGAAAGUAACACCUGGUACAAGAUAUUCGGCGACUAUUCAAGGGUUUGAUGUUGAAGGGAGACAAUGCGCAAUUUCAUCUGUUCAUUAUAGAGCAUAUUUUUCAAAAAGUGAAUUGGAGCGUGUAAUGGCUUUAGCUUCCCGAUUUUGUGGUGAUCUAAUGUAUCAAUUUGAUAUUGUCCACCGAUGUAAACCAAAAUCCUAUUUCGAUAAUAUAUAUUCACAACCGGAUGGUCAACGAAUGAUGAUGCCUUAUUUGAAAGACGAAAAUGGACAUCCAGGCUGCCCAAUUAAUGGCGAAAUAGAAGGAUGUUUCUUUUCUUCCUUACUUCAAGGCGAUAGUUUACCUAAUGCUUCUCCUUUUGGUGAUGUCCAAAUGAUAUUGGAAGUCAACAAAAUAUUGGAUUUUAAAAGAAUGAAUAUGUACUUUGCUGAUUUUUAUUGCAAUCAAGCAUUUGCUGGCGGCCAAGGAGUCUCUUCUGCUUUACAUUAUAUUACCGUUGUUGUUUGUGAAAAAAAUUCUCAAACUGAUAAGUUUUGUGCUAAUCGUUUACUCAGACUUGAUCCAUCAAACAAUAAAUUCCUGAAAUUACUUCCGACUUCAAAUUCUGGUUCUCCUCGUUAUCUUACAAACUCUACUUCAGGAUUGCUAGUUGAAAUUUAUUAUACAAAACCUGUUUCUUUAUUUCAAGCAAAAAAAUUCCGUGAAAUCUCAACAAUUGGGAAAGGCAGUUCUAGGCCUAUGGGUCUUCCAAAUAAUAAAUUGUGCAAAAUCUGCAAUUGA